AUGUCUGCACCUGAGACCGGUCUCCCUCCCAACUGGGAGGUCCGCCACAGCAACAGCAAGAACCUCCCCUACUACUUCAACACAGUAGAAACCAUUUCCCGCUGGGAGCCACCCGAGGGCACCGAUACCGACAAGCUCAAGUACUACAUGGCGAACCAUCACAGCGCGAACGCGCGGGGCUACGUCAAGCCCCAAGGCGUCCACGUUCCCGAGGGAAGCAUCUGGGCUGCGCACCUUUUGGUCAAGCACAGGGAGAGCCGCAACCCUUCCAGCUGGAAGGAGCCCCGUAUCGAGCGCACCAAGGAGCAAGCCAGGGAAAUCAUCGAAGGCUACCGCGACCAGAUCCGGGCUGGAAAAUCACUAAGCGAGCUCGCCAAGCAAGAGUCGGACUGUAACAGUGCUCAUAAAUGGGGCGACUUGGGCAUCUUUGGAAGGGGCGUCAUGCAGAAGGAGUUCGAGGAUGCGGCCUUCGCCCUUAACGUUGGAGAGCUGAGCGAUGUUGUCGAGACGGCGAGCGGUCUGCAUUUGAUUGAGAGGUUGGGUUAG